AUGAGUCAUGCGUUAACCUCCGAGGAACUCAUCGAGUUCCGAGAGAUCUUCAACCUCGUUGAUCGAGACCGUGGUGGCUCCAUCACGAAAGUUGAGCUGGGAGAACUGAUGGACACGCUGGGUAUUGACACGUCCCCGGAAGAAAUAGACCUCAUGAUAAAUGAGAUUGACCAAGACAGUAACGGAGAGAUAGACUUCGAUGAGUUUGUGGCAGUCAUGUCGAGAAAAGUCAACGCCACGUACACGGCAGAGCAAGUUAAGAAUGCGUUUAAGGCGUUCGAAGGUAAUGCCUCUGCCCCGGGAUUCAUCAAGGCCGACAAGCUGCUCAUUGCUCUCACAACUUACGGUGCAGACCGUAUUUCUUCCGAGCAAGCUCAGGAACUCAUCAGCCAGCUCGAGCCUGAUCAACAUGGCAACAUCAACUAUAUUGAGUAUGUGAACAUGAUGAUGUCAGAAUAA